CUCUGUUGAAGGGCAGAGCUCAAAAUCUUUGGAAAAAUAAGCAAAAAUAAAUAAGCAAUACAAAAAAUAAAUGUAUCCCAAUCGAGACAGAUUUAUACCCCAGCGGAUGAAUGGCAGAACGGCUUAUGGGCCGCCGGUUUUGAACUUCCAGAACCGAAUGCUCGUGGAGCGCGCUGUGCAGAGACUUUCGCGACUGUGGCUGUCGUUUGGCCAGCACUUUGCAUUUGUGCGGAAGGUGUUCGAGCUGAUCUUUGGCCGGCUAAGGAACUGGGUGCACAUCCGGCUGGGCCGGGUGCCGCCGACGGUGAGAGAUCUGGCGGCCAGCAUUGAGACGUGCAACUGGCCGACUGCCUCGAUCCGAUACAUCGCCUGCCAUCCGACGGGCAUGGAGCGCGCUCUGCUGACCAGCAUGGAUGUGGCGCUGCUCUACUCCGAUAUGCGUGUGCCGCCCCAGCGUUUGACAUCCGCCAAGCAGCGGCAUGUUACCUGCGCCGCGUUCCGGCCCUGGUCCAGCUCCGAGCUGGCGGUGGGCGGUGCCGGCGGCAUUUGCCUGUGGAAGCCGCUGCCCACCACAAUGAUGAUGCCCGGCCCGGCGAUGAUGAAGCUCACCUGGUACGGCUACAAGCCGAAGGACUUCAUUGUCGAUCUCCAGUGGCUGCAGACGGGCACGCAUCUGGUCAGCGCCACGCUCGGCAAUCGCCGCAUACAGAUCUGGCAUCCGGAGCUGAAACAGCUGAUGCAGGAGCUGAACGUUCCGCUGCCGGGCACCCACUGCUGGGUGAUGCGCUACCAGUCGGACAUGCUGCAUCUGAUCAGCUUCCUCAAAUCGGAUGCGCCCAUUUUGCGAUAUCGCAACUCGUUGAAAACGUGGAGCAAUCAGCUGACCAAGCGGAUGCCCAUCCAGACGGCCGCGUGGACAGCCCGCGGCAAUCAUUUGAUGUAUGUGGUGAAGGGAUCGAGCAAGGUGUACGGCUCCACCUCGAGCAUGGUGAUGGGUCCCUUUCGGCAUCCGUUUAUGGUCUGGAGCAGCAGCGAGGUGAUCGAUCUGCGCAGCUUCUACUGCAACUGGCAGCAGCACGAGGGCGGCCUUGUCCAGUCGAUGGUCAUGGAUCCGUUGAAUGUCUAUGUCGCAUUCAUGUUCAAGCGGCGACCCUUCGUCCUGCUCUGCCUGCUGCACAUUCCGUUCAACUGCAGCCUCAAGCUGAAGCCCAUGCAGCUGAUCAGGAGCGCCGACGGACAUCCGGAGGCCUUUCCCACAUGCAUCACCUUCGGCUUUAUGGAUCGCGUGGCCAGGCAUCGGGAUCGCAGCCUGGUCAUCGGCUGGUCCACGGGCCGACUGCAGAUCGAGGAGCUCAUCGCCCAGACUCGCGAGGAGGCGCUCCUGUUCGAGGAGCUCGAGAUUCGCCAUCCGCAGCAGGUCUUCGAAAUUGAUUUAUAUUAAUUUCACACUUUUGUUCAUCUUUAUAACGUCUUCUCAUUGCAUUUUAAAGAGUUUCUCUCACUUUUCUUGUUGCUGUAAAUUUGGUUUUAUCGUUAAUAAAUAUCCAAACUAGGUUUA